AGUUUAACAAGGUUUUUAUUUAUACAAAAUGAAAACAACAAUUAUGGAAAUUGACUAUAGCGUCUAUUGUGAAUGUGGUAUGCGCGGUGCAUCCUGGGAAUAUUUUGUAUGUAAACAGCACCGAAUGUGGUCGAAUGUUUUCUUUCGUGUGCUGCCAUUUUGAUGUGCCCAACGCCGCCUCGUGAUGUCUGCACUGCAACAGCCCUCGGACAACGAUGCCCUGGCAUUGUUGGCCCUCAAAAACCAGUCAGCUCCCGCGAGUCCGUCAAGAAGAAAAUGGAGCCCAGAACCAAAGGGUAUUGCAAUAGCCAGAUUAGAAAGCAGAGACUUUGAAUAUUUGAUGCGCCAAUCGCGUAUCUCGGUCGGUCGGAACAGCAGUAAAGGAGACGUAGAUGUAAACAUGGGUCAUUCUAGUUUCAUUUCCAGAGUACACCUGGAGAUAAUGUAUGAUGAACCGAACUUUUUUUUGAAGUGUGGAGGAAAAAACGGCAUCUUCAUUGACGGCGUGUUUCAGAGAAAAGGGGCACCACCUUUACAACUGCCAAGGACGUGUACCUUGCGGUUCCCCAGCACAGGCAUUAAAAUCGUGUUCCAAUCUCUGGUGGAAGACACAACCCCAGCAACUACAAUCCCACCCCCCUUACAGAUUGAAACCCCACCCAGGAAGAAAAUUUCUCCACCUCUCAAAAUAAAUAUUCCUGAGCGUGUGGAGCGUACAUUUGACAGUCCCUGUCCUUCACCCACUGGAACAAUCAGCGCUGCCAAUUCUUGUCCAACUAGUCCUCGUGGGGGCACUAGCCACCGUCCCAUGCUGUUGCCCAAUAUCCAGAUAGCUGCGCUGAGUGCUGCUGCACACCCCAGAGAUGAGAGUCCUGUGGUGGCUCCACAGAGUGUGGACAUGAAUAGUGGGGACAGUCCAAAAGAUGACUCAAAGCCGCCUUUCUCUUACGCUCAGCUAAUCGUUCAAGCCAUCACAUCUGCUCAUGACAAACAGUUAACACUGAGUGGCAUAUAUGCUUACAUCACUAAGAAUUAUCCUUACUACAGAACAGCAGAUAAAGGCUGGCAGAAUUCAAUACGUCACAAUCUGUCACUGAACCGCUAUUUUGUGAAGGUGCCCCGCUCCCAAGAUGAACCAGGCAAGGGAUCGUUUUGGAGGAUAGACCCAGCAUCAGAAGCCAAGUUAACAGCACAGGCUUUCCGAAAACGAAGACAAAGAGGGGUGCCCUGUUUUAGAACUCCAUUUCAAGGACUAUCCACAAGGUCAGCACCUGCCUCCCCGAGUCACACAGCUGGCACAUUUACACCAGACAGUUUAUCAAGGGAAAGCAGUCCCAUUCCCGAGGGUUUUGAGGGUGAUGUUCAUAGCCAGCCAGCAGUGAUGACCCACCCUCAGAUUUUAACAACACAGCAGGCAACAGACUUGUACCGCAUCAGUCAGUCAGCACCCGGGUCUCCAGCAGGUUCUAGAGUGCUAUCUCCCAUCACAGUGACGGCUACUUCCUCUCUGAAUCCGGUCGCCACGUCGGCCAUCCAUCAGCUGCCUACAGUCAUCACCAAGCCAAAAGUUAUUGUAUCUAAUGCCACACAGGUAGUGCUAAAUGGGCCAACAGCAGUUCCCUCCCUUACUAAUGGAUCACACUUGGAGAUCAAAAAAGAAAUCAAUCCUCAAUUACAAGAAAAAAUUCAAGCAGUGGUAUCAGCGGGAGGUCUGAAGCCAGUUACACUUGUUAGAAAUCUCACCAGUGGGCAAGGGGUGAACAUGGGCAUUGUACAGCAACCGGGCCAGCCUAUAUCUAUGAUGUCAGCAGCUCCUCAUGCCCAGACGCAGGCAGCUACCAUCCUCAGCCAGCCCGUGACGUCACAAGCAGGGGGAAUCACACUAUUUCCCCAGUCAGCUGUGCAGCUUGUCAGCACAUCUGGUUCACAUGUUCCACAACAACAGUUGCUGGUGACAACAAUAGCUGGUGUUCCUGUGACCUUGACAUCCAAACGUCCAGCUGAAGAAUACACAGAAAAUAAUGGUCAUGCUUCAGAGCAUACAGACACCAAACAGAUCAAACUAGAAGUUAAAGACGGAGCAACGGAGUAAAGCAGACAGAAGUUUUAUCAGACCUAGGAAAUAAGUUUACCCAUGAUUUUUGUCAUUUUAGAAUGGAUUUUAAAAUCAUGACACAGACAUGUUUGAAAUCCUGAAUCAUGAGAUAACAAAAGUGAAAGUUUUCAGAGAAUCUGGCACAUGUUAGGACUUUCUUUGUGUGUGUGUAUAUAACAAUACAUGUAUUAACUUCUGCUCUUGGUAUUCAAGUGAGUUAUCCGGACAAACAAAACGGUGGAGUGGAGGUGGUGAUGAUCUCUAUGGAGAUGAUGAUCUCUAUGGAGAUAUCUAUGGAGAACUAAUUAUGUACAGAACUAUCUAUAGUGCUCAUUUUGUGAUUUUUUUAUUUCAUGGCCAACAUUGCAGAUAAGGCAGCUCCGUGAUAACCCAUCACUUUCAACAGAUUGGAAUUCAAAUUGUCUGACGGCAAUCAACCCAAACUUUAAGAAAAUCUACAUAGUACUGUUCUGUCCUUUUCUCAAUUCUCAGUUGUGUGAUUUGUGUGCAAUAUGACCACAACAGAGAAAUUAUCCAAUAUUUACUAUACAAGUCUGUAACAGAUUUUUGUGUAGAUAACAGUGGUAUUCGAUGUUCUAUUGAAAUAGCAGUGAAUUUAUUGUUAAUUGUCCUGACUUCUUCUUUGUUAGUGCUUUGUGCAUUAAGUGUAACUUUUAUGUUCUUGCAUUUGUUUUAUUGUCAUUCAAUGUUAAAUGUUAGGAUUAAAUUUUUAAAAUCAUAGUUCUGAAGGAUCUUUUAGAAAUUAAAAUUUCUGUUUUAGUUUUCAAGCCCAGUUGUCCAGAAAGAACAAACUUGGUGAAAUUGCUCGAUUAUCAACAAAUGAAGUUCUUGAUCAGUUUGCUGUGAUGAAAAAACUUUGUAAAGCAAUAGUGAUAGAUGUGGAAAAGGCGUUUCCUGUGUAAAAUAAUUCUGAUUGUAUUUGAAAGACAUGAGAUAAUGAUGUAAUUGCUGUUCAGAUAACAAGGUUGUGGUGUUAAAACUCGUUAAAGAACAAAAUUUUUCAUUCUAGUAAAGGUAUUACUGAUUGCACAUAUAGUAUUCUCGUCAUUGCAAGAUAUGUAACUUUUGUAUCGAAACAGACAUGUUGGUUUAAACUUCGGCAAUUUUAACACAGUAGUCCAACAUGUUCAAAUGGCAAACUUUAUGGGAUCAUUAAAUCAUCAAUCUCCGUUUACUUGAUUUCAUUUUGUAUGUCAUCAAUCAUGUUGUAUAAACAGCAGUUUUCUGCUGAGAAUACCCCAGUAUGUGAAUAAACAUACUGUUUUAAUCCAUAA